AUGUUGCAUACCCUUUGUCGCCUAUCCGGUCCGGAAGCAUCUUUGCGCUCCUCUGUUUUUCGAAGUACCAGAGAUGCUCUGAUAGGCGAGAAAAUGGAUGAACGAGAGCAACCAAGAGAAGGAAAACAGUAUACAGACAAAUAUCUUUGCCUUAAAAUGCUCCCCAGUAGAGAAGAUCCAGGAGUUCUUUCUAAAGAUAGGAAAUCUAAAAGAGCUAAGGAGGAUCUAAAGAAGGCAAUAUGCAAAAAUGAGUCACGGGAACCAAGUAUAUUCAAUAAAAGUAAGGAUAAGUGGGAGGAGGAAAAUUCGACUAAAUCAAUUGGUAUCGCAUAUCUAAAAGAGGAAGCUGAAAAUAAAAUGAAUGAAAGACAAAUUAUGGCAAAAUGUCUCAAUACCACCAAAGAAGGUCGAGUGACAUGCAUCAUUGAUGCCUGGGAAGAAAACUCUCCAAAAACGACACUAGCCGCUGGUAAUCAACUAGAGACAAUUGAUGAGGUGAAAACUAAAGCCCAUAUAAUUGGCCAGGGGCACCAAAACAUCAAGCUUCCUUGGUCUGCCAAGAUAACGAACAUGGCCAGAAUUGCGCAUGAUGAUAUCAUCAAUGACCAUAUAGUGACUGGAGAUCCGGUCGAUCUUGGAACUGGACCCCCUUAUUUUGUGUCAACUAUCCCAUCAGAUCACUCGGAUAAGGUUGGAUGUGAAAAUUUGCCCAAUAACAUUGGCCAAUGGGUGAGUCAUUGGUAUUUUGUACAAUUAUGA